AUGACGCGGGAUGGGACGUUUGAAUCGUUGGGGACGAAGGCGUCGACGACGACGACGACGACGACGAGCGGACGCGGGGACGCGCUGCGAGAGGCGCAGAUGGAUGUCGUGCUGCCACCACUGCGCGCGGCGAUGGACAGCGGGUCGGCGAGCGUGAUCGCGGCCGCGCUGGGAGCGGUGCAGGUGCUCAUCUCGAGAGGUUUGCGGGACGAAUCGGAGCCGUCGGGUGCGCGAAAUCACGCGGGUGAAAUCGUGGACGCGAUCUGCGGCGCCGCGGAGGUGCGAGACGAGGCGGUCGAGUUACAAGUGUUGAAGGGCAUACUCACCGCAGUGAGCAGUCGUACGUUCGAGGUGCACGAUAGAGCGCUCUUGCGCGUCGUGCGGACGUGCUACAACAUUUACCUUUCGAGCAAGUCAGAGGUGAAUCAAAACACAGCCAAGGCGACGCUAACGCAAAUGUUGACGACUGUUUUUCAUCGUUUGGAGGCGGAUGACCCGCACGCUUCAGCGCCGACUAUUGUCGUUGCGGACCUGCUUCGACCGAUUGGUUCCGAAGCCGAAGUUGACGGCGUUACGGCCAUGUCGGCAGCGGUACAGUCGUUCGUAAAUAAAGUCACGACGGAUAUGAAUUCGGUGGGAUCGUUCAAUUACUUUUCAGACCCAGACGCGGUGGUGAAAUCGGACGCAAUCGAGCACGAGAUUACGGAGAGCGAAUUCGAUAAUGAUACCGCCCCUAUGACUCCGAACGCGGUGACGCAGUCGUUGGACGCGUUUUCGCCGGGAGCUAUGACGCCCGCUCGCACCUCGGGCACAGAACAAGCUUCUGAGCUCGAAACAGAUGCCUUUUUAGUUUUUAGGUCGCUGUGCAAGCUCUCGAAAAAACCAGGCUCCGACGUCAAUGGUGUUGCGCUCGUUCGAAGCAAAGUGUUGUCGCUGCAGUUGCUCAAGAUUAUCAUCGAAAACGCCGGGGAUGCAUUUUCUUCGAGCUCACGUUUUGCCGACGCCAUGCGUGAAUAUCUGUGCGACGCAAUCGUCAGCAACGCGACACCUAAUGUUCCAGAAGCGUAUCAGCUAGCGUGCUCAAUCUUUUUGACUCUGCUUACUCGAUACCGGGCCUACCUCAAGGCUGAAAUUGGUUUCUUUUUCCCUAUGUUGUUGCUCAAGCCGCUCGAGCUCGUGGAGGGCGCGCCGUUGAGCGCAUACAAUCAACGCGCGACGCUCGUCAAGGGAUUUCAAAUCAUCUGCGCCGACUCGCAGCUCAUGGUUGAUCUCUUCGUGAACUAUGACUGCGAUUUAGACAGCCAAAACGUGUUCGAGCGCUGUGUUCUGUCCUUGGUUCGCAUCGCGCAGGGUGUCGAUGUCAGUCAGGCGAGCGGCCCAGAGGCGGCCCGCGAGUCCGUGCUCAAGCUCGAAGCGCUUGAAUGUUUGACGACCCUCGUCGCAUCACUUGACGAUUGGGUGAGGGUACAAAGUGGUGGCGACGCGAGCACGAGCGAUAGUCAGCACGACGUCGUGGAAGAAUCUGAGUCUGGAUUUUCGACACCUUUGAAGACGAGCAGCCCGGCGGAUCUGGGUGAUAGCAUAGCGAAGCUCAAGGCUGAUAAGCAAGAGUUCCAAGAGGGAAUCACUCUCUUCAACAAGAAAGCGAAGAAAGGUCUGGCUUAUCUGCAAUCGAUUGGGCGCCUUGGGACGUCUCACAAUGAAAUAGCCGAGUUCUUACGCACGACGCCUGGGCUGGACAAGACUGUAGUCGGCGAUUACUUGGGUGAACGCGACGAUCCGAUGCUACAGGUCAUGCACGCAUACGUUGACGCGCUAGAUUUCACAUCUCUAACUCUUGACGACGCGAUUCGCAAGUUUUUAGAAGGCUUUCGCCUCCCAGGUGAGUCUCAAAAAAUCGAUAGGCUCAUGGAGAAGUUUGCCGAGCGCUACCAUAAGUUGAAUCCGGAAGUGUACAAGAGUGCCGACACCGCUUACGUCUUGGCGUUUUCUGUCAUCAUGCUUAAUACGGACGCGCAUAACCCACAGGUUAAGAAUAAAAUGACCAAGGAAGGGUUUGUUCGGAAUAACAGAGGGAUCGACGACGGACAAGACUUGCCGAGCGAGGUGCUCGAGGAUUUGUACGACCGCAUCGUGAAUAACGAGAUCAAAUUGAAGGAGCCAGCAGAGGUGGCUCUGAGCGCCGCGGAAAAGAAAGAUAAGAACAACUUUUCCGCUAGAUUAGGUAUGGAUGUCCUCUUUUCGCUCAUGUCUGGUAAGCGAGAAGAAGAAACAAUACAAAUCGACACCGCCGAUUUGAUAAGUCAAGUUCGCGCGCGGGCCGCAACGACGAAAGGCUUUCUGACCGUCGUGGAGGCCGGGUGCGCGAAACCGAUGCUUGAAUUGAUCUGGAAUCCCAUACUGUCGCUGCUUGGUACUGCAUUUGAAGACAGUGAAAGUGUGUCCGUGAUAUCGAACUGUUUGGAGUGUUUCCGAAGAGUCAUCAGCGUCACUUCGACGCUCGGCAUGCAAGAGACUCGAGACACAUUUAUCGCGUCCCUUACAAAGUUGACUUCUUUGCAUCAUGCACACUCAAUGCGUACGAAGAAUGUCAUCGCGGUGAAGACUUUAGUGCGCGUUGCGAUCGAAAAUGGAAACGAUCUCGGGGACAUGUGGACUACAAUUCUGGCUUGUGUGAGUAGAUACGAGCAUCUGUAUGCGCUCGCGAGCGGUUUCAACGAUAGUUCGUUGUUUUCGGAGUCCGGAUACAGUAGAGAUGACGACGCACAAAAACAAGCCCGGCCUAGGCUCUUCCGGCGUUCGAUAUCAUCAGACCGAGCACUGAAGUCUCCACUCGCACCGCAGUCAAGCAACGUUAACGUGCGAGACGAUUCGUCGAGCACUGUCGAGGUCGAACAAAAGUUUGAUUUACUUGGCUUGGAUGGUUUGAACCCACCUGAUCGAGCUGUGCUCGAACAACUUCAUCCCGAUGAACUUGAUCAUUUGUUCCACGCCAGCGUCAAUCUCAGCGGUGAUGCUAUCGUGGGUUUCGUUCGAAGCUUGUGUGAACUUGCUAUUGAAGAAACGUCUUCAAAUCAUCCGAGAGCGUACGCGCUCGGAAAGAUUGUCGAGGUUGCUUCAUUCAACAUGGAUCGUAUUCGUUUUAUCUGGGCCAGAGUAUGGCAAGUGUUGAGCGACUUCUUUGUCAAGGUGGGAUGCUCGCCAAACUUGCAAAUAUCCAUGCAAGUAGUCGACUCUCUUCGACAGCUCGCCAUGAAAUUCUUAAGUCGUACCGAAUUGGCCAACUACUCGUUCCAAAACGAAUUUUUGCGACCAUUUGUCAUCGUCAUGCGUCAGUCUCCGGCUGUCGAAAUCAGAGAGCUCAUCAUUCGGUGUGUUUCGCAGAUGGUGCAGGCUCGCGUGGCGCAUAUCAAGUCUGGUUGGAAGUCGAUGUUCAUGGUGUUCACCACGGCGGCGGCGGACGAAAGUAGCCAAAUCGUGGCGCUGGCGUUCCAGACCAUCGAGCGAAUUAUUCGCGAGCAUUUUCACUACAUCAUCGAAACCGAUACAGUGGCGUUUACCGACUGCGUCAAUUGUCUCGUUGCGUUCACAAACUCUGAGGCGGGUUCGGAAGUUUGCUUGAACGCCCUCGCGUUUCUGCGCUUUUGCGCUCUCAAGCUCGCCGAAGGCGCGCUCGGAGACUUGGAAGAAACCGCCGCGACGGAGAAGCAGCUCGCGACGGAUGGUGUCGUGGAAGUGACACAGAUGAAGUCAACAGUCACCACGACGUGUUUCACAGACGCCGAUGCGCACACAUACUUUUGGUUCCCUCUUUUGGCUGGACUUUCUGAGCUCACGUUUGACCCUCGCGCAGAAAUUCGCACCUCAGCGCUCGAGGUGUUGUUCGACACGCUCAAGUUCCACGGCGGCUCGUUCGCUCCUGGGUUUUGGUCACGCGUGUACGGACGCAUUCUUUUCCCUAUAUUUGAUCACGUCCGUGCGGAUAUCAUGCCGAGCACGAGAACGAUUGGCGGCGAUGUCGAGUACGAAGUAGCGGCGGAGGACAUCGAUGAUUGGUUGUACGGCACGUGUACGCGUUGUCUUGAACUCGUCGUCGAUUUGGCGGUGCAGUUUCACGAACCAAUCGUCGAGGCCGGAGUUAUGCCAGAUUUGCUCGAGCUAUUGUGCGGUCUCGCGUCGCGUUCGCACGAGCAGCUCGCCGCGUGCGGCGUCGUGGCUUUCAAGCGCUUGCUCAUCAAUGGCGCUUCGUCAAUCAAGGAGCGAGAGUGGCACCAGUGCAUGGAGGCGCUGAAGAAGGCUUUCGGUGAAACAACGCCUGACUUCGACGUUUUCAUUCGAGGU